CAUUAAUUAGAUUAAUUAAUUAUGCUGCAAAUUAACGCGUUAAACAUUAACUCGGUUAAUUAUGGGUGGCAUAUCAAUGCGCAAGCAUAUUAAAUUUGGCCCAGUGAGUGACCGUAGGGUGCAGUGGUACAUCACUUCCCCCCUCCGCCACUAGUUCAAAGCAGUGACAACAAACAUGGAUGGAACACAGGAAAGCCAGGAGAGUCUACUUGGCCCUUUGAACGGCAAGUUUAUUUAUAAAAAAAACAAAGACGGGACUGUUAACAAGAACGCAGUGAUUUGUAGCUUGUGUAAAAAGGAAUUUUCGUAUCACCGAAGCAGCUCCAGCCUGACUUAUCAUUUAAACGCUAAAUAUGUCCGGGCAAGUUCCACUGUUAAAGUUGCUGCUAGUGAUGCUAACGCUACCGUGAGCUCACUCCACCAACCCACGCUUGCUGAGUUAGGAAAACGAGUGAGCAAAGCCACGACAGAAAAACUGACAAACUCAAUCGCAAAGUGGGUUGCUGCUGAUUGCAGGCCAGUUUCAAUUGUGGAAGAUGAGGGCCUAAAGGAGGCAUUUCAGAUGGCGUCAUCUGACCCGAAUUUCCAGCUACCGUCGAACUACGGUGAUGAAAAGAAUUCACCAAUUGUACAGUGAUGAGAGGACUGCAAAAGAGAAGUUGUUGGCAGAGGCGUCCUAUGUCGCCCUAACAGGCGAUCACUGGACAUCAAUAAGCAAUCACAACUACCUCGGAGUCACCGCACACCUAAUCGAUAGAGGGUGGAAACUAAAGUCUUUUGCAUUAACUGUGAGCAAAACUGUGACCCGCCAUUAUGCCGAUGCAUGUGCCGAGCAGUUUGAUGCUGUAACAAAGGAAUGGGAGAUAGAAAAUAAAGUGACAACGAUAGGAACCGAUAGUGCAAGAAACAUGGUUGCUGCAGCACGUCAGCUGCCUUUCGAUCACAUCCCAUGUGCUGCACAUAUGCUGCAAAGAACCAUCACAGCCUGCCUUGAGGACAACAGCUUUGGCACUGCCCUGGCAAAGUGCCGCAAAAUAGUCGGGCACUUCAGGCAUAGCCCUGCCAGUACAGAAGAACUGCAUCAGCAGCAGACUGCCCUCGGACAAGCCAGAGAGCCCCUGGUUCAGGACGUAUCCACAAGAUGGAAUUCAACACUCUCGAUGAUCUCACGGUACCUGAGGAACCACGAGGCUGUGAAUGCCACUUUGGCGACACAGAAGCACAAACUGGCCACACUGACCAACCCAGAGUGUGACAAACUACAGAAGCUGGAGGCCGUUCUGGAGCCCUGCAACUCUGCGCCUGAGUGGAGUUCAGCUUCCCAGCUGACUCCACUCAGGCAAUCAACCACCUCUACGGCUCCCGGACAGCUGAGGGACAUCACACUGAUUACUCACCUCAACAAUAAGAACCGGCUCAUCCUUCCACUCCCUGCUAGAUUGUUGAACAAAGACCUCACAAUUCAGCUGUCCGGGAUCCCCCGCCGUCCUCCUUCCCCUCCGGCUCUCCCCAGACCACUGGAUACUGGUUUUCCCUCCUCACUGGACCCCCCUGUUCCUGCCUGGACCCCCUGUUCCUGCCUGGACCCCCCGUUCCUGCCUGGACCCCCCCGUUCCUGGCCAAACCCCCCACUACACCAGCUGCUCCCCGCUCCUGCACUCCUGUUUUCCCCCCACCGAGCCACUAUUCACCCCUACAAUAAAGCACUUUCAUUCCAGCCAGCCCUGGUAGUGUGGCUCUCUGCUCGGGUCCAACCCGCUCACUUGUGACAGCAACGUGAAAAG